GCAAAGGGGGUAAAAAAAGGGGUUUUUUGUUCUAAAUCGAAUCUAAAAGUUGCGAAUUUUUGUGUUAUGGCUCCGAUUAAUAGAAGGAACUUUGACAGAGGUGAUAAUGACUCGGGUUUAGGGACUCAAUCUACAAUAACUUUGAGCACCCUAUCUAGUAGACAGGCAUCUACAACCUCAAAAGAGAAUAGUCCUAAUAUUGCGAUAAGGAGCCGAAAACGCGUUUACCGUGGACGAUGGGGCGUUCGCAGUCGAGCUGAACGUAGGAUUGUGGAUAGGGUUAUGUAUAACCGCAUUUAUACAGUAAGGGUGAAAAACGUGUGGGAUUGUAUAAGCCAUCGCAAACUCCAUGAAAUGUACAAAAACAUCACCUCUAUCUUGAGUAUUGUAAAGCGUAAUAGACGCAAUGAAAAUUGCGAUGUUGAUUUUUGUUUUACAAGUCGACAAGAAGCCGCGAUGUUCGUCUUGGCUGUUGAAUGUGGAUGUAUUGCAGGCCAAAACAAGUUCGUACGUGCUAAUAUUAUUCCAUAAUCCGAUGUUGUUGCCGGGGUCAAUUUGGGGCGGCGAUCAAUUUAAACCAAAUUUUUGUGAUU